CCGCCGCUGCAGCAAGAGUUCCUCGGCUCUACAGAGGCACCAGCUCACCCCAGGUUUCCCCAACACCUGGCCCUUCGGGACAGCACCUGACAAUAACUGGCGUCCGCAUCUGGACUUGGCUGGCGAGGCACUUUGUUUCAGAGGGCGCGGGACCCGGGGCCAUCGAGGUCGUAGGGACCCAGGAUACAGGGAACAUGGAAACCAGCAUCCCAGCUUCGGAGCCGACCAGCUGCAGCAAAGAGGAUUCGCAGGUUUGUUGCCUUGAAGAUACUGGAGGCGCUGAGGCUGUGCAGGUCGCAGAUUGGGAGAGCCCUCAAGACGAUCGACCCCAAGAUGAGCCGGUCUGCUGCAACCCGGAGAACUCUGGGCAGCUAAUGGCUUUGUAUGAGGGUCCAGCUAGGGGAUACCAGGUGCCUCCCUUUGGCUGGCGCAUCUGCCUAGCUCAUGAGUUUGCAGAGAAGAGGAAACCCUUUAAUGCCAACAGCAUCUCCCUAAGCAACAUGAUAAAGCUUGUGGGCAUGGGCUUCAGGUACUUUCAGUGGUGGUACCAGAAGACCCGAGUGGAGAAGAAGACACCUUUCAUUGACAUGCUCAAUUCUGUGCCCUUGAGACAGAUCUAUGGUUGUCCCUUGGGUGGCAUUGGGGGAGGUACUAUCACCCGUGGCUGGAGAGGCCAGUUCUGUCGUUGGCAGCUCAACCCUGGAAUGUACCAGCACCAGACAGUCAUUGCUGACCAAUUCACAGUGUGCUUGCGUCGGGAAGGGCAGACUGUGUACCAGCAAGUCCUGUCCCUGGAGCGUCCAAGCGUCCUGCACAGCUGGAACUGGGGCCUUUGUGGGUUUUUUGCCUUCUACCAUGCUCUCUAUCCCCGAGCCUGGACUGUUUACAAGCUUCCUGGCCAGAAUGUCACUCUCACCUGCCGCCAAAUCACACCCAUCUUGCCUCAUGACUACCAGGACAGCAGCUUGCCUGUAGGAGUCUUUGUGUGGGAUGUGGAAAAUGAAGGGGAUGAAGCCUUGGAUGUGUCCAUCAUGUUCUCCAUGCGGAAUGGACUAGGGGGCAGGGACGAUGCCCCAGGGGGUUUGUGGAAUGAGCCCUUCUGUCUAGAGCGUGAUGGGGAAACUGUACAGGGGCUGCUGCUGCAUCAUCCAACCCUCCCAAAUCCCUACACGAUGGCUGUGGCUGCACGACUCACGGCAGAUACCACGGUAACCCACAUCACAGCCUUUGACCCUGACAGCACUGGGCAGCAGGUGUGGCAGGAUCUACUUCAGGACGGACAGCUGGACUCCCCCGCUGGCCGGAGUGCCCCCUCUCAGAAAGGCGUAGGCAUCGCUGGGGCUGUGUGUGUUGCAGCCAAGCUGCCACCUCGAGGCCGAUGCUGCCUGGAGUUCUCGCUGGCUUGGGACAUGCCCAGGAUUGUGUUUGGAGCCAAGGGCCAGGUCCACUACAGGCGAUACACAAGAUUCUUUGGUAAAGAUGGUGAAGCAGCACCUGCCCUUAGCCACUAUGCACUGUGCCGAUAUGCAGACUGGGAAGAGAAGAUCUCAGCUUGGCAGAGCCCAAUACUGGAGGACAGGUCCUUGCCUGCCUGGUACAAAUCUGCAUUGUUCAAUGAACUGUACUUCCUGGCCGAUGGAGGCACAGUAUGGCUGGAAGUUCCUGAGGAUUCCCUAAUGGAGGAGUUGGAGGAGGGCAUGAGGCAGCUCCGCCCCGUGCUACGGGAGUACGGACGAUUUGGCUACCUUGAGGGCCAGGAGUAUCGCAUGUACAACACAUACGAUGUCCACUUUUACGCGUCCUUCGCCCUUGUCAUGCUCUGGCCCAAACUUGAGCUCAGUCUGCAGUAUGACAUGGCUCUGGCCACUCUCAGGGAAGACCUAACACGACGACGGUACCUGAUGAGUGGGCUGAUAGCACCUGUGAAAAGGAGGAACGUCAUCCCCCAUGAUAUCGGGGACCCAGAUGACGAGCCAUGGCUCCGUGUCAAUGCGUAUGUGAUCCACGACACUGCCGACUGGAAGGACCUGAACCUGAAGUUUGUGCUGCAGGUUUAUCGAGACUAUUGCCUGACGGGUGACCAGGGCUUCCUGAGGGACAUGUGGCCUGUGUGUCUGGCCGUGAUGGAGUCUGAAAUGAAGUUUGACAAGGACAACGAUGGACUCAUUGAAAAUGGAGGCUAUGCAGACCAGACCUAUGAUGGAUGGGUCGCUACAGGGCCCAGUGCGUACUGUGGAGGGCUAUGGCUGGCAGCCGUGGCUGUGAUGGUCCAGAUGGCUACUCUGUGUGAGGCACAAGAUAUCCAAGAGAAGUUUUCUUCCAUCCUUAGCCGGGGCAAAGAGGCCUACGAGAGGCUGCUGUGGAAUGGCCGCUAUUACAACUAUGAUAGCAGCUCUCAGCCUCAGUCCCGUAGCAUCAUGUCUGACCAGUGUGCUGGCCAGUGGUUCCUGAGGGCCUGUGGCCUAGGAGAAGGAGACACAGAGGUAUUUCCUACCCCACAUGUGGUCCGUGCUCUCCAAACUAUCUUCGAGUUCAAUGUCCAGGCCUUUGCAGGAGGGGCCAUGGGGGCUGUGAAUGGGAUGCAGCCUCAUGGUGUCCCUGAUACAUCCAGUGUCCAGUCUGAUGAAGUCUGGGUGGGUGUGGUCUAUGGGCUGGCAGCCACCAUGAUCCAGGAGGGCCUGACUUCAGAGGGCUUCCGGACAGCUGAAGGCUGCUAUCGCACCGUGUGGGAGCGCCUGGGCCUGGCCUUCCAGACUCCUGAGGCAUACUGCCAGCAGCAAGUGUUUCGCUCCCUAGCUUACAUGCGGCCCCUGAGCAUCUGGGCUAUGCAGCUGGCCCUGCAGCAACAGCAGUGUAAAAAGGCCUCCAGACCAGUAGUGGAGCAGAACACAGGACUAAACACAGGGCCUAAAUCUGGACCAAAGGAAGCCAUGGCAAACCUGAGCCCAGAGUGAACCCUGUGAACUGUGGGAGGGAGAAGCUAACAGCCCAGCCUCCAGCCUGGCCUUCCCUUCCUUUCCCGCAAUUUCCUGCAGCCCUGAGCCACCAGGACAAUCAUACCUCCCUCCCUACCACCCAACUGUGCCAGUAAGGAGGGUUAGGGGUGACCCAGACAUCAGAAUCACUUAUUUAUUUCUUUCCUUACCCCCUCCCUUCACUGCAUGAGAUGUUCAAUGAGGUUCAGUUGAUUCACCAGGUCCACUCAUGGAAUGAUAGAGACAUACAGGUACAAAUAAAAGACCCAGAAAGCC